AUGACGGCCCCGCUCGGGCUCCCCCCGCGCUGGCCCGACGCGCUCGGCUGCCGCUGCGAGGACGCCCCGCGGGAGAAAUCCCGCAUGGAGAGCUUGGGACACUGCCGGGAGAUGAUGCCGCACGCCGGCUUGGCCGCGCCGCCGCCGCCUCCUCCGCCGCCACCGCCGGCGGCCGCGCAGGGAGCCGCGUACGCGGAGCUGGCGGCCGCGGAGCCCCCCCGGCAGUGCCCGUCGGGGGCGGCGUCGGGCGCGGCUCUGGGCUACGGGUACCCCUUCGGAGCGGGGUACUACGGCUGCCGCCUGUCCCACGGCGUCAACCUGCAGCAGAAGCCGUGCGCGUACCACCCGCCCGAAAAAUACCCCGAGGCCGGCGGGCCCCUGGCGGGCGAGGAGCUGCCGGCGAGGGCCAAGGAAUUCGCCUUUUAUCCCGGUUUUCCCGGCUCCUACCAGGCGGUGCCGGGCUAUUUGGACGUGUCGGUGGUGCCGGCGCUCGGGGCUCACCCGGAGCCGAGACACGAGGCUUUGCUUCCCAUGGAAGGCUACCAGCACUGGGCUCUUUCCAACGGCUGGGACGGGCAAGUUUACUGCUCCAAAGAGCAAUCGCAGUCCGCGCACCUCUGGAAAUCACCUUUCCCAGACGUGGUUCCCUUGCAACCCGAAGUCAGCAGCUACCGCCGGGGCCGCAAAAAAAGGGUCCCUUACACCAAAAUCCAGCUGAAAGAGCUGGAAAAGGAAUACGCGGCCAGCAAAUUCAUCACCAAAGAGAAGCGGAGGAGGAUUUCGGCCACCACCAACCUGUCCGAGCGCCAAGUGACCAUUUGGUUCCAAAACCGAAGGGUCAAGGAGAAGAAAGUGGUCAGCAAAUCCAAGCCAGGGCAUCUCCACGCCACCUGAGGGACUUUGGGAUUGGGAAAAUCGUGGAAAGAGGAGGGGAAAAAAAAAAAAAAAGGGAAGAGAGAAGCGUAAAAAUGAAUAUUUAUCUGCUCGUUGCGGUGGGAUCCUGCUGAUUCCAGGUUAUUUAAAGAGAAUGAUCCUAAAAAAAAAAAUCAACCCCGUCCCUUCAAAAUCACCCAGCGCGGCUUUGAGUUUUUCCCUCCCGCCAGCUCUGACUGUGAAAUCCCGGGAAAAAUUCCCAGAUUUUGGGGAAUUCGUGGAUAUUUUGCAGAGGAGAAAAUGGAAUAUUAAGCUGAGAGUGUAGUUAAAGAUGGGAAUUCCCAUUUCCCCCCUUCCGUUAUCUCUUAUCUCUUAUCUCUUAUCUCGGCUCGUUCCGCCCUCAUCCCGAUGUGUAAAAAAUGUGGGGGGAAAAAAACCCCCUCGGGCAAAGUUGGCUCCGCGUUUUCCCGGUUUUUUGAGGAUGGAAAAAUCAGGAAUGAAGCUGCUCCCGAGCGGAGAAAAGAAUUCCCGGGGGUCGCUCCGAGCCCUCCCCAAUCCCGGGAUUUGGGCGCGGGGCGGGAUCGGAGCCGCUCCCCAAGAUUUUGUUUGAUUUUGGGGAAUUUGGGGGAAUUUUCUCCUGCGGGUUUUGCUCUGUGCGGGCCGGAAAAAGUGGAGUUUUCUUUCGGGAAAUGCCCGAUUUUGGGGGUUUUUGGGGUUCUCUUCAUGAUCCGCAGUGUUCCUUGGAGAAGUAAAAGCGAUUUUUGGGGUUUGUUUUUUUUUGGUUUUUUUUUGGUUUUUUUUUUUAAAUUUUAAAUUCUAAUUUUAUUUUAAUUGUCCUGUAAAUGUCGAGAGCUCGUGGUGUCCGCCUU